AUUCUGCCAGUCGUGACGUCAUUCGAUGCAUUUUCAUUUGCAAUUGCGCAAAUAUUACUGCGCUCUCUCCUCGUCAGUUACUCCGCUUUGAGUCAUUUAUACGAUGAUUACACCAGUUUUUUUGGAAGUCUAAAGUUGUCAUAAGGCCAAGAGUUGUUGUUAAAGAGGUGCAAAAUUCGGUUAUGCUUAAAAAUACUAACAAGUCAGUUAGAAAGAAAUAAUGGGAGGCGAAAGUAGCAAGAGGUGUGCCAGUGUUGGUUCAGUAAGUUACACAAGCAGCGGUUGUGUUGAUUUUCCGAAUCAUUUCCGAAAAGAGACAGAAGCUGUGGCAUGGACCUUACUUCAUCAGUGUUUGCUGGACAAAUGGAAGGAAGGACAUGCCGAAGCUGCUGGUUUUAACGAGGUUACUCUAUCCUGCACAGGAGUCAUAAAUAAAGAUUGCUCAGAUUCCUUCUGUGUUUCAAGGCAAGGUAUUAUCAACGUGUAUAAGGACAGUUCCUUUUUCAGCUUCAGAAAGCGUUCAAAAUUUGCUAAAAUGGCUGAUCACUUUGAAUACAAUCACAUUCCGGCACAGCUAUCGUCCGUCCAUCACUUGAGAGUGUUGUCCGUCCUUUGCUACCGUGAAAAAUUGGUUGUCCUACACGUUUCAAGGGCAGGGCGCUCUCAAUUAGGCCUACUAGAUUUAAAGGCGAAUAAAUUCCUUGGCGUUUUCGCCCAAUUAGCGCCUUCCUUCGAACUGUCCAACAGGGACGUGAGAGCGUCUCUAAGUCCGGAUUGCAGCCGCUUGCUGGUUCUAGUUGCGCGUCCUGUUAGGGAACUUCAAUUAUACGAUACGACCAAGAAAAUGCUCGUUGCUCAAAUGGGUAUUUCUGGCCCCUCGCACUUCUCUUUCGAUCCAAGAUUUGGUUGGACCCGAGCGGCGAUUACAUCAUUUGCUGAACCCAAUAAUUUAACUGUUCUUAAUUUAAGGAAUUGUAAAGUGUUAGCCUCGAACAGCAGGUUCUCAGACGAUAACCUCGAGCCCAAGGAUACUCGUCAAAUACGUCAUACACCGGAUGGUAGUCUACUUAUCGUUAGUAUGGUUCAGUCAUCAUGCGCUUGCGACGGUUCCGCCCGUCGGGCUAAUAUCUACGUAUUUUGUUCGACAACUGCAAUUACCCUGCACUGCGUUCUCUACGAUCGAUAUACCUGCGCUGUGUGA